AUGAAGAGUUUGCUCCUGACCUUCUUGCUUCUGGGGCUGGUGGCUGUCCUGAAGGCCCAGGAAGUCCCAUCGGAUGACCAAGUUGUCUCAGGAAUCUGGUACACAAAGGCCAAUAUGCACAAUGACAGCCUGCCGGGGGAUAAGAUGCUUAUGAAGGCCUUCCCCAUGAAGGCAACAGCCUUGGAAGGAGGGAACUUGGAGACCAAGAUCACAUUCUGGAGAAAGGGUCACUGCCAUGACUUUAAAAUCUUGAUGAAGAAAACUGAGGAGGCCGGCAAAUACAUCGCCUGCAAUGGCAGGAAGACUGUGUACAUAGAGGAGCUUCCUGUGAAGGACCACUACAUCUUCUACUGUGAAGGACAGCGCCAUGGGAAACAUUUCAGCAUAGGAAAACUCGUGGGGAGAGACCCUAAGGAAAACCCAGAGGCCAUGGCAGAAUUUAAGAAAUUCACACAGCGCAAGGGACUCAGAGAGGAAAACAUCUUUGUACCAGAGAUGAGUGGGUUGCCAGGGCCCUGCUUCAGGUCUUGGCUGUGGGAGGGGCUGAGCUGCAGGCUGGUGCUGACCCUGCCUGGGACAAAUAAACACCAGGCCAUCUUCACUUCAGCCUACCGAGGGCCUCUGCUGGCCACACUGGGCUUUGCAGCCCGUGUGCUGGGCAGGCCCUCUCACCUUCUUACCAGCCUGAACUUCCUCAAUUCCUUCACCCAGGAGUAG